AGCGGCCGGGCGGUUUCUGGAAGCGAUCGAGCCACAGCGCCACAACGCCGGAGAUCGAAGACGCCGUCGAGAGCCCACCCCCACCGCCUCCCCCUCCCAACCUGAUCCGCAAGACAAAUUCCCAUCAUGCAGAGCCCCAGCAGAUUGUCAGUAGUUUCUACUUCAAUUAGCCCUGUUGUGUCUGGAUUACAAGGUUGGGCCGAUCUUCCGGAUGGCCCGCUUUACUCCAUUGUUGCUCUGUUGGGAUCCUCCAUUGACAUUCUUGCCUUUGCUGCAACCUGCCACUCUUGGCGUGCAGCAUUCUUCUCCUACCGAACUGCAUCUAACUUAUGCACAUUAAUCCCACCUCUUCUUAUCCGACCUGCUGGUCCUAACCAAGGUUCUUCACUUCCUUCCAUUUUUUCUGAAAAAUGUUCUUCUGUUCCUGAGAAUUCUCGAUACAUGCUACGCAUACGUAAAGUCAUUGAUGUAGCUAGCAACAAUAGCACCCUUCGCUGCCAGAUUCCUCAAGAAACUUUUGAGAACAUGCACUUUGCUGGCUCUUCACAUGGCCAUCUCAUCUGCUGCUACCGUGGAGAUUGUCUUGUUAUCGAUGUGUUCACCGGGGCCAUGGUUUCGCCUCCACGUCUCCCUUUCAGCAAUGGCUACUAUGGUGGCACUCUCACCGCUCCACUUACAUCUCCCAACUCACAUCUCCUUGUAAGCACUCAAUCCUCCCUGUUUGAUUGGCCCCUCGGAAGUGACUCUUGGCAGGAACUCCAACUUCCUCAUGGAUGGAUAUUUCAGAUCGUGCAGUUCAACAGUCAGUUCAUCGCCAUGGACCACGAUAUGAGAAUCUAUACUCUGCGGUUGGCCCCUCGGUUAGGCCUGCGGGAGAUACCAACUGAGUGGUGCAGCGAGAUAGAGCCAGAAUCUUUUGUGCAGGCAUGGCUUGUGGUCUGCGGCGACGAUCUCCUCAUGGUCGACCACUUUGUGCACCUAUCGUCCGUAGAUCCUGUGUGCCACCGCCUCGACAUGUCAACCGAGCCCGCGAAGUGGGUGAAGGUGAAGACGUUGGACAACUGGGCGAUCUUUGUCGGGGGAGACGAGCGGAGCCCUCCAUUUGCUUGUGUGCGCCCUGAGCGAUGGGGAGGGACGAGCAACAACUUGUACUACGCCCAUCACUCUCAGCCUUGGAGCGUGCAUGAGCUGUGCGGCCAUGUGGACCUUGCUCCAACCAGCCAUCCCAACUUCAACUGGCGUAAGAGGUUUGUGCCCACAGCCAUGGCCUUGUGGGUGUACCCGAGCAUGUUCUACUCCGAUGGCCGGUGAUUGUGGUGUCACACACCACUAUAUUUAUUUGUCCUGAUGCUUUAGAAGUUCGUUUUCUUUUCUCAAGUGCCGAUGCUAGGCAGUGGCAAUGGCAAUGGCAAGCUAUUGAAUUUAUUUUGUUUAUUCUUCUAGGCAGAGCAACAGCAGCCAGACUUGGACAUUUUUGCUUGAAUCUCUUUUUCUUUUGUUGGCUUGUAAUAAGAGAUAGCUUGCCUUGUGAAGACUUGG